AUGCUCUCCCCAUUCCGUCCCCGCCUCUCCACUCUCCUCCGCCGCACCCCCAAGCCAAGCUCUACCUCAACUCGGCGUCUCCACGCAUUCCAAGCUCGAGCUCAAGCCCAAGCACUGAAACCCAAUACCUACAAACCACUAUCCAUAACCCCAAGAGCUAAAUUUCUCUCAAAAACCACACCAAUCAACCACCAAUCCCAAUCUCGCGCCUUCGCCUCAAAACCAAUAACAGCCGACGCCCUAAUCGAAGAGAUCCAAGACCUCUACGAAAUAGCCAAAGACGAGUUCGAAAUCGCAACAGAAAGCACAGAUGGCGGCACAAUCUACGCUGCAUCUGAUCGUGACGCGGCACGGGACGCACUGAAUGAUCUCGCCGCUACGUAUUUCCUCUACUCUUAUCGAGAGGGAGAGGAGGAUACGGGCGUUGUACUUCGAUCUGGGGAGAAGAUGACUGGGUCUAGAUUGUUAAGUGGGGAGGGUGUUGUUUUGGGAGAGGGCAUUGAGGGAGCUGAGGAGUUUAAGGCUGGUUAUGAGGGGGAGAUUGGAGAUGAGAUUAAGGGGGAGGUGAGGAGGAGGGUUGGGCAGAGGAUUCGGGAGUUGAGGAAUGCUGUUGAGCUUUUGGAGGAGAGGGCUAUGGAGGAGCAUUAA